AAUAUAGCUGACCUUGAAUUACUAAUAUUCUUUGCUUGGUAUGUGUUUUUGGGAGAGUUGAUAACGAUUAAAAAGAAUUCUGGAAGAGGCUCCUGAAGUUUGAUAAACACAGAUGCAUGAAAAAUAAAAAUAAAUAAAUAAAUAAAAAUAGAAUAAAAUAAUAAUAAUAGAAAACAUAGUAUGUGUGCUCACAGUGACUGAUGGUGGUGCUAUUGCCUAAGCAGAAAGCUGGAGUGUAAUAGCUCACCGAGAACACAAAGUCACCACCACCCAUUUUUGCAACAAAGGGGUGAUAUAACCGCCCACGUCAACCAGUAUCUUUUAAUACUGCGUAUUUUUGAAGGAAGAGUUUUUUAGCCUAUUCAUUUUUCCUGUAUGAUAUUACAAUUUUUUAUAUCAAGAAUGGAUUAUUCAAAAAGGAGACGACACCCUUCGGAUGUAAAAAUCUCCAUUUUGCUUUACGUUCUUCUGGCUACAGUCGACGGACAAAUUCGGUAUUCUGUUCCAGAGGAGAUGAGGAAAGGAGUGUUUGUUGGAGAUGUUGCAAAAGACCUGGGUUUGGACGUCAGAAGGUUGGUGGCUGGUCGGGCUCGACUUGUUAUAGACGAUGAAAUCAAAUACGUCACACUGAAUCCGAACAAAGGCCACAUCGUUGUCGAUGAACGAAUCGACAGAGAAAAAUUAUGUGCCAAGAAAUCCCCAUGCAGUUUCAGCUUAGAAAUCGUCCUCGAAGACCCACUCGAGUUGUUUCCCAUCACAAUUGAGGUACAGGAUGUAAACGAUCACGCUCCCGUUUUUCCCAAAAAAGAAAUUCAUUUGGAUAUUAGUGAAUCGACUGCAGUAGGGACCGCGUUUCUCCUUGAUAGCGCAUCUGAUCCUGACGUAGGGAUAAACUCACUGCAGAGCUACGCUUUAAAAGCAAACGAGCAUUUUAUUCUAAAACAACGAGCUCGGCCAGAUGGGAGUAAAUAUGCAGAAAUUGUGCUUCACAAAGCUUUGGACCGAGAGAAACAAAGCGAGCACGCGCUUGUAUUGUCUGCUGUGGAUGGCGGAGAACCGCAGAUGUCCGGGACAGUCAAAAUUCAAGUGUCCGUUCUGGAUGCAAACGAUAAUGCACCCGUUUUUACGCAGCGCUUGUACAAAGCCUCUGUUUUGGAAAAUGUUUUGCGCGGCGCGAUCAUACUCAGAGUGUCUGCCGUGGACGCAGAUCAGGGUUACAAUGGGAACGUCACUUAUUAUUUCACCCACUUAGAGGAGGAUUCCUCUUUUCCUUUUGAAAUAAAUCCAUUCACAGGGGAGAUUAAACUCACGGGUGAGCUAGAUUACGAGCUUUUGUCGAGUUACGAAAUAAAUAUUCAGGAAAAGGAUCCGUGGGGGUUAGUUGGACAUAGCAAAUUAAUAAUCGAUAUAUUAGAUGUCAAUGAUAAUUCCCCAGUGAUCACCAUGGCUUCAUAUUCAGGAAAGAUUUCAGAAGAUUCUCCCCCUGGCACUGUUGUGGCCUUGAUUAGUGUCCAGGAUAAAGAUUCGGGUAAAAACGGACAAGUGCGCGUUGCUAUAGAAGAAAAUCUACCAUUUAGCAUCAAAUCCACUCUAAGAAAUUAUUACACUUUGGUAACAGAACAAAUCCUUGAUCGAGAAAUAAAUUCAAAAUACAACAUCACCCUAACAGCUGUCGAUGAAGCCUUCCAAGCUUUGUCCAGCAAAAAGAGUUUUGUUCUAGAAAUUACGGAUGUUAAUGACAAUGCUCCAGCUUUUGGACAGAAUGUGUACACUACUCACGUGAUGGAAAACAACUCUCCAGGUGUCACUUUGUUACAAGUUCAGGCUACUGACCCAGAUCAGGGUCAGAAUGCACACCUGAGUUAUUUUCUUGUGGAAAAUGAAAUUAACGGAAAUCCUGUCUCCAAAUAUUUCUCAAUUAAACCGGAAAGCGGCACGAUUCAGUCUCUGUACUCCUUUGAUUAUGAACAAACUAAAGAGUUCAGAUUGCAAGUGAAAGCUGUAGACGGAGGUUCUCCUCCUCUCAGCAGCAACACAACAGUUAUUAUAAAAGUCCAGGACCAGAACGAUAACCCACCUCAGGUUCUGUACCCGGUCCAGACUGCUGGCUCUGUGGUGGCUGAAAUGGUGCCUCGUUCAGCUGAUGUGGGCUACCUGGUGACUAAAGUGGUGGCUGUUGAUGUGGACUCUGGACAGAAUGCCUGGCUCUCCUAUAAACUGCAGAAAGCCACAGACAGGGCGCUGUUUGAAGUGGGCUCCCAGAAUGGAGAGAUCCGAACUGUCCGCCAAGUGACGGAGAAAGAUUUGCUCAAACAAAGACUGACUGUGAUCGUGGAGGACAACGGGCAGCCCUCUCGUUCAGCUACAGUCAUUGUUAACGUGGCGGUGGCGGACAGCUUCCCUGAAGUGCUGUCGGAGUUCAGCGACUUUCCACACGACAAGGACUACAAUGACAACCUGACUUUUUACUUAGUGCUGGCUCUGGCUGUGGUUUCUUUCCUCUUCAUCACGUGUUUAGUGGUCAUCAUCUCCGUCAAGAUCUACCGAUGGAAACAGUCUCGCAUCCUGUAUCACUCCAGCCUCCCUGUCAUUCCAUAUUAUCCUCCACGGUACUCAGACACUUUGGGCACAGGGACUCUGCCACACACGUACAAUUACGAGGUGUGCAGGACCACUGACUCCAGAAAGAGUGACUGUAAGUUCGGCCGAGCUGGGAGUCAGAACGUGCUGAUAAUGGACCCCAGUUCUACAGGAACCAUGCAGCGGAUGCAGAGUGAGAAGAGCAUCCUGGAUGAACCAGACUCUCCUCUAGAGGUCAGUAAACAAUUAGCUAGUUUUACAGUUGCUUUUGUCUUUGAACAACCUUCCAGAAAUAGUUCAGCACCAUGGACAGCGAAGUACAGUGGCAUUUUUCAUUUUAAAGUAAUUUAAUAUAUAACCAGACUGUGCUCUAUAAAGCUAGUUAAAAGCACAAUUCACCAUGUAACUUGUUUUAUAGUUUUGUUCCUAAAGAAGUUUCAUCCAGCACCAUUUUUUUCCUGCUACCCUGUUUUCAGAGCUCGGCCAGGUGCUUUUUUUUUUGUCCCAAAACUUGUUCUUUUUUUAUUAUUGUAUCACAUAUCACAUCUCGACCUUUUUUUAUACAAGCAAAACAUUUUUAUUUAUAUUUCUGGUUAGUUGGUUAUCUUUUGUUUUGUUUUUUUCGUUAUUUUAAUUUUAUUUGGGUAAAAUGGUAAAUCAUAAAAAUCCAAAUGAUCACAUCACCUCCUCUUAGAUU